AUGGAGAUAGCAGGAGGGAGUGCAGAGCAGAAGCAAGAUGAUGGACCUAAAGAAAUCACCGAAAGACCAAAAUGGGACAACAAAGUUCAAUAUUUGCUAACCUGCAUAGGUUUUGCUGUGGGACUUGGUAAUGUGUGGAGAUUUCCAUAUUUGUGUCAAAUCUAUGGUGGAGGGGCGUUUCUGAUUCCUUACUGCAUUGCCUUGGUGUUUGAGGGACUUCCUCUACUACACAUGGAACUGGCCAUUGGACAGCGGCUCCGCAUGGGCAGUGUUGGCGUGUGGAACUCAAUCUCCCCUUAUCUAGGAGGGUUAGGUGUGGCUUCCUUGGCAGUAUCCUUCCUAGUUGGUCUGUUCUACAACAUGAUCUUGGCCUGGAUCCUCUGGUACUUCUUCCACUCCUUUCAAAGUCCACUUCCCUGGAGGGACUGCCCAUUAAACUUGAAUCAUACUGGCUAUAUAAGUGAAUGUGAAAAGAGCUCACCAGUGAACUAUUUUUGGUAUCGUGAGACACUGAACAUCACACCCAACAUUGAGACCAGUGGGUCCCUACAGUGGUGGCUUGUGCUGUGUCUUGCAUCUGCCUGGUGCCUCGUGUACAUCUGCUUCAUUCGUGGAAUUGAGACUAUUGGAAAGGCUAUUUACGUCACGGCCACCUUUCCGUAUCUCGUUUUGACCAUCUUCUUGGUGCGAUCCUUGACUCUGUCUGGAGCAGCAGAUGGCUUAGUAUAUCUCUUCACCCCAAAUUGGGAAACCCUGAAAAACCCAAAGGUCUGGCUGGAUGCUGCUACUCAGAUCUUUUUCUCUUUGUCUUUGGCCUUUGGAGGACUUAUUGCUUUUUCCAGUUACAAUCCUCAGAAGAAUAACUGUGAGAGAGACGCCCUAAUUGUUGGAUUAGUGAACAGUUUUACAUCAUUAUAUGCAUCGAUUCCUAUUUUUGCCAUUCUUGGAUUUAAAGCAAAUGAAAACUACAAUGAUUGCCGAAAUUGGAACAUACUAACACUGACAAAUUCAUUCAACAUCGGGGAUGAAAACAUAACUCUUGAAAACUAUGAUGACUGGUUAAAUUAUCUCAACAUGACCAAUCCCUCAGAGGUCGAAAGCCUCAAUCUAAAGACCUGCAACCUGCAGACUUUCCUGGACCAGAGUGCCUCUGGAACCGGACUGGCCUUCAUUGUGUUCACUGAGGCGGUGAUCAAAAUGCCAGGCUCUCAGGUGUGGUCGGUGCUCUUCUUCAUCAUGCUCUUCAGCCUGGGCCUGUCCUCCAUGUUUGGAAAUCUAGAGGGGGUCCUUACUCCUCUGCUGGACCUGCACGUGAUUCCAUCCUGGAUUCCUAAGGAAAUUUUCACAGGGUUAAUAUGCCUCACCUCCUUUACUGCGGCCCUCAUCUUUACGCUGGGCUCUGGGAACUACUGGCUGGGGAUUUUCAACAGCUACGUAGGAUCCAUGCCUCUGCUCAUCAUAGCCUUCUUUGAGAUCAUCAGUGUGGUAUACAUCUAUGGAAUAAACAGGUUCAAUGACGACAUUGAAUGGAUGACAGGUCGGAGACCAAACAUCUACUGGCAGGCCACCUGGCGCUUUAUCAGUCCCUUCAUGCUUCUUGUGGUUUUUUUGGCAUACGUUGUAGUUGAGGCUGAAAAACGACCAACAUACAAUGCUUGGAACCCAGAUUACGUGCACUUCCCCCUCGCUGAUGUGCAGCACUAUCCUGAAUGGGUUUAUGCUAUCUGCGUGCUCUUAUCUGUCCUUCCUGUUGUGUCCAUUCCUCUUGUGGCUCUCUACAAAUUCAUUGGCUUCCUGAAGAAGUACAUCAUGAACAGACACAACCAAAAUCCAUAUGCAAAUGAAUUCUGUAAUGGAGAAUUGUAA